AUGCGAAGACACAGAAACGAAGUGACAGUUGAACUACGGAAGAAUAAAAGAGAUGAACAUUUAUUGAAAAAGAGAAAUGUUCCCCAAGAAGAAAGCUUAGAAGAUUCAGAUGUUGAUGCUGAUUUUAAAGCACAAAAUGUAACGUUAGAAGCUAUAUUGCAGAAUGCGACAAGUGAUAACCCAGUGGUCCAGUUGAGUGCUGUUCAAGCAGCAAGAAAACUAUUAUCCAGUGACAGAAACCCGCCAAUUGAUGACCUAAUAAAAUCUGGCAUUUUACCAAUUCUAGUCAAAUGUCUAGAAAGGGAUGAUAAUCCUUCAUUACAAUUUGAAGCUGCUUGGGCGCUAACUAAUAUAGCAUCAGGAACUUCUGCACAGACUCAAGCUGUCGUACAGUCUAAUGCAGUACCUCUUUUUUUGAGACUUCUUCAUUCACCACAUCAGAAUGUUUGCGAACAAGCUGUAUGGGCUUUGGGAAACAUUAUAGGUGAUGGUCCUCAAUGUAGAGAUUAUGUCAUAUCACUGGGAGUUGUCAAACCUCUUCUGUCCUUCAUCAAUCCCUCCAUUCCCAUCACCUUCCUUCGGAACGUCACAUGGGUCAUUGUCAAUCUCUGCAGGAAUAAGGACCCCCCACCGCCUAUGGAGACAGUUCAGGAGAUUUUACCAGCUUUAUGUGUCCUCAUAUACCAUACAGACAUAAAUAUUCUUGUAGACACUGUGUGGGCUCUGUCAUACUUGACAGAUGGAGGUAACGAGCAAAUACAGAUGGUUAUUGAUUCAGGGGUUGUGCCAUUUCUUGUGCCCCUUCUGAGCCACCAAGAGGUAAAAGUUCAAACAGCAGCACUCAGAGCAGUUGGCAAUAUAGUGACCGGCACUGACGAGCAAACCCAGGUUGUUCUCAAUUGUGAUGUCCUGUCACACUUCCCAAAUCUCUUAUCACAUCCAAAAGAGAAGAUCAAUAAGGAAGCAGUAUGGUUCCUGUCCAACAUAACAGCAGGCAACCAGCAACAAGUUCAAGCAGUAAUAGAUGCUGGAUUAAUCCCUAUGAUUAUCCAUCAGCUUGCUAAGGGGGACUUUGGAACACAAAAAGAAGCUGCUUGGGCAAUUAGCAACUUAACGAUAAGUGGCAGAAAAGAUCAGGUUGAGUACCUUGUACAGCAGAAUGUCAUACCACCAUUCUGUAAUUUACUGUCAGUAAAAGAUUCUCAAGUGGUACAGGUGGUGCUAGAUGGUCUCAAAAACAUCCUGAUAAUGGCUGGGGAUGAAGCAAGCACAAUAGCGGAGAUAAUAGAAGAAUGUGGAGGUUUGGAGAAAAUUGAAGUUUUGCAGCAACAUGAAAAUGAAGAUAUAUAUAAAUUAGCAUUUGAAAUCAUAGAUCAGUAUUUCUCUGGUGAUGAUAUUGAUGAAGAUCCUAGCCUCAUUCCUGAAGCAACACAAGGAGGUACUUACAAUUUUGACCCAACAGCCAACCUUCAAACAAAAGAAUUUAAUUUUUAAGUUCAAUCAAGUGCAGCAUCUUUCCCACAUUCAAUAUGAAGCACCACCAGAUGGCUACCAAAUGACAAGAACAACAGCGACAAAAGGCUCCAAAACACACAUGCCUCUUCGUUUCGAUGCUUCUAAAGCAAGCCAUGUCUCAGUCACUUUGCAGUUGCCAAAAGUCACUAUCACAUGGACUGUAAAUGCAUAUGCAUGAUUUCCUGAACUGUUUUAGAAUUUUCCUUAACAAUCUCAACUGCCCUAUUUUUCCCUGUUCCCUGGUGCCACACGCCGACAACUGCAGUCUCCAGUUUAGAAUAUCCCAUGGGGUGGCAUGUCAGCUGCCCACUGAUACUUCUUUGGAAAAUGGUGCGCUGUGGAUCAAGACACUUUGGUAUGAUGCAUAUACAUGUUGGAAGACUAAAGAGGUGCAGUAUGAUCUGAGCCUCCAUCAUUGUCCUCCACAAACAUAUUUUCAUAUUCUUUAUGUGGAAGAAUAGAUUUUAAAGUACAAGCCAAAUGAUCUUCAUUGGUGGAACUGACACACAAAAAGUAACUUAAAAACAAGAAACUUGGUUAUUGAUUAAACAGAUAAGUUUUCAAAAACUUUACUUCAUCUACCAGUAAUUGAUGUGUUUAUUAUCUGCCUCAGAAGCCAGGGUUGGAGGAAGAACUUUAGAUGUGGAUGGUAAUGCUUUCACCAUUAUACCUAUUUUUUGAGAACAGCAAGCCCUAUUUGACCACUCACUUCAGCCUGUGUGUUCCUGCUGUUUUGAAGUAAUCAAAUGCUGUGCAUGGUAUUUUACCUGAGCUGCAACCUGCUACGGACUUGAACUUCUGCUUAAGUUGAAAGCAAGAGUCCCUGACUAUAAAGGAAAAAAAAGCAAAAAGACAAAAACCGCAAAGGUCUAAAAUACCCAUUGGUGAUGUGUGAAAAAAAUCUUGCUUUCAGCUUUCAGGAGUUAAUUUCUUUGUUUUAAUUUGAUAAUUGGAUAUGGUUGAUUUAUAUUGGGUUUAAACUGUGGAGCUUUCAUGUUUACUGUAAUUUAGUCUUAAAAUAUUUUUUACUUAGUAACCAGUGCUUUUGAUAAUGUGGUUGGCAACAAACCAGCAACUAUUUAGAAGUGUCAUAAGACUUCGUUCUUUGAGUAUUGGGCAAAUUAAUUCAGAUCCUAACUUUAAAAGCAUCUUCACAUUUUAAAAGAUCAGAUGGGGAUCUGUGGAGAGGAAUAAUCUGCAGUUAUUUAACAUGAACCUGAUUUGCAGUGAUCUUUAAGUAAUGCUGCAAAUCUGGUCUUACUAUGUAGAGUCACUGCUUUUGGUAAAUUGUCUUGACCCAGUUAUAAAUGAAAGAAUAUAAAUCCGACAGUUUUUUAAACUAAAUAAUUUGUGCUGUCACAGAAAUGGUUUUGUUGCUCUUGUUCACUGGGUAUAAUUUCCCAAUGCAUUGAUGUGAAGGGAUAGAAAACCUAAACUAAUUUAGUUAUCUGAUGGGGGGUGUAUUUACUGUGAUGAAGAUGAGACAGAUGCCAUCAGAGCUUCGUGAAUCCGCUGGGGUGUUUUCACUGAUAAACAACACAUAGCAGGUGUGCAUUCAUUACAAAUAUAUGUAUCUGCCAAGGUGGAGCCACUUUAAAGAGUGAGUUUUGUCUUGUAUCUAAAGUGGAUACAAGCGUAUGUUUAAACUGCAAGAUUUUUACUUGCUAGAGAAUCUGUUUUAAUAUAGUGGUUUGGCCUCUGAUUAUUUAUAGGUUUUAUAAAUUUUAGAAUCAAUUUCUCUUUAAGGUGGCUCAGAUUUUUCAACUCUUGUGCACAUAAAAUUGAGUUGAAGUUCA